AUGAAGUCAUUUUCGAGUUCAGUAGUCAAUAAGUCGGGCAAGAAGUUCGCACCGAAGGCGCCGCCCCGCCGCGGCGCGCCAGUUCCUGCUGCGCCCGCGCGAAGGACCAGUUCAGCGCAGCAAACCCCGGCGCAACAGACUCCCAAGCAACAGACUCCAAUUCAAACCGCAAAUGCGCAGUUGGAGAAGGAGACUACUGCAUCUGUUCCUCCAUCUGCUUCUCCCAGAGAGCAGCAAACUCCUGCGAUUGCUCCACCAAGUGAAGCUGUUGUCUCAGAGUCUGCCACACCGGCGGUGGCAUCGCAGUCGGCUACACCAACUUCCAUACCUCGUCCCCUCCGCAAACCGUCUCUUACAAAGUCCACCAAGAUCGCUCCGCCUGCCUCCAAGAACUCCUCCCUCGCUACAGACGCCCCUGACGUUCCCACCUCACCACGAACUUUACCCGCCAGGACAUCAGAUGUUCUGCCCUCAAUUGAAAACGAAGCCCCGGCUGUGAAUGCAACCGAGAGAAUACCCUUGAAUGAAACAACGCUUGCGGAUGCAAUUAUUUCCUCAAGUCAAGCAUCUCCUGCUCCACGAGAUGUACGCAAUUCCGAUGAAGCGAUCUCUCCUCGCCAGUCAAUAUCAGGACCGCAGGCUUCACAGUCAUCACCUGUUGCUGGAAAGUCCCUGAAAUGGGCUAGGAAGACAUCUGACUUCACGAAUCGAGGCAGAGGCCCGCUGAAUGCAGUGCUUCCUCCAGAACCCGCUACUACACCCAAUGACGCAGUGGGGGGCACCCUGAUAUCCAGAUCUUCGGUAUCCAAUGGAGCGGGAAGGAAACGAAAGGCCUCCAAUAUCUCGGAAACACGCCGUGAGUCCGAAAAGCCCAAACGCCGUAUCAAUAAGCGUGAGCCAACCCCUGAGGGUGCGGAAAUGGUGGAAAUCCUUCCCAAUGUGGUCAAAAUGUCCGAACUGUGUAAAGACCUCAAGACUGGCAAGAAAUCUAAGCGAGAGACUGAGUUACGAAGGCUGGAGCUUGAGGAACUAGAACGCAAACGGAAGGCUCAAGAGGAAGGUUCAACAACAGCAUCUGUACGAAACCCCGAUGGGGCAAAUACUGGCAAGACGGAUCGUCUUGCAGAGCCUCAGCAGUCUGCUUCUGGCCCAAUCAUGCGCAUUGUCAAUGGUGAAAUUGUCCUUGAUAAUGCGUCACUGGAAGUGGAUCGGCACGCCGAUGCCGCCCGAGCCGCCGGUGAUCUGGAAGAUGUUGUCGAAAACCAACUUACUCGCAAAGUCAACCAAGCGACGUAUGGCAAGCGUACUAAGAAUGAAUCUUGGAACGAGGAGAUGACAGAUCUGUUCUACCGUGGAUUGCGGAUGUUUGGCACAGACUUCAUGGUCAUCAGCAAAUUGUUCCCCGGGAGAUCUCGUCGCCAGAUUAAGCUCAAAUUCAACAAUGAAGAGCGCAAGGAUCCCCAACGAAUCAAGGAUACUUUACUCGGACCACGCGAGACCAUAGAUAUCGCGACAUACUCGGAUCUGACGAAUCAGACCUACGAUGACCCGAAGGUCAUCCAGCAAGAGCUGCAGGAAGAGAAGAAACGUAUUGAAGAACAAAAUGAGAAAGAAAAACGAAUGCAGGAAGAACUCCUGCGCAACCCGACUGGUGCAGACGGAGACGGCAACGCCGAUCCUACAAGCGACAAGGGCAAUGCUGCGAACAUCAAGUCCAAACGCAAAAGGAAUGUGAAAAGCGCAGUUGGCGGUGGUACUGAAGAAGUUCUCGGGUCCAUUGAUGAUAUCCCAACGGCUUGA